CAUUGGUCUUGUUUGUGUUGGAUAUCCUACUAAGAUAAUGCGUGUAUAUUGGUUACUUAUGGUGGUGGUCGCCAUGUCUAUUGUGGUGGACGCAUUUCCAAAUGGGAUCCCCAAAAAUUGGAAGCAAAAAAUGGGUUCCCAGGUAUCCGGCAAAAUUUUCAAAGGUAAACAUGCAGGAGACAAACAAGCGUAUGGUUAUAAAACAGUAGCGGACAGUGGCGAUACUGGAGCGGACAGUGGCGAUACUGGAGCGGACAGUGGCGAUACUGGAGCGGACAGUGGCGAUACUGGAGCGGGCAGUGGCGAUACUGGAGCGGGCAGUGGCGAUACUGGAGCGGGCAGUGGCGAUACUGGAGCGGGCAGUGGCGAUUCUGGAGCGGACAGUGAAGACCAAGAAAUUGAGAUUACAUCGUCUGCUGGUGAUUGUCCAAGCAGACUGCAAAACGUGAUAGAGGGCUGCUCCGCAUACGAUAAGUGUACGGAUGAUUGCGGUUCCUCGUACGAUGGUGAAUGUGACGAUGGUGGUCUAUCAAGCUUGUAUUCCGUAUGUGAAUAUGGUACUGACUGCUCGGAUUGUGGGUCGCGAUCGUAUGUAUGCUUGAACGAAUGUGAUUGGUCAUAUGAUGGUGAAUGCGAUGAUGGUGGUCCAGGCAGUCUCAAUUCACUGUGUUCGGCUGGUACAGACUGCGGAGAUUGUGGGCUGCGAAUUGCAUCAAGUCUGUGCACCAACGAAUGUGAGCAUGAACGAGACGGCGAAUGCGACGAUGGUGGGCCAGGUAACCAAUAUUCAAUUUGUAGGUAUAGCACCGACUGUGCUGACUGUGGAGUGCGACCUCUGCGGUGUACAAAUACUUGCGUUUAUGCGUGGGAUGGUGAAUGUGACGAUGGUGGCUUCGGUAGCCUCUAUGACAUUUGUAGUUAUGCCACUGACUGCGAAGACUGCGGGGCCCGUCCAUAACUAGGGUAGUUUUGUUCCUAGACAAUAUAACCGCAACGAGAUUACAAUGGAGUUCCUUUGGGAAAAUAUAACUUGUUAAUUGCUUGUACAAUCUUUUUUCAUUAUUGAUUAUAUUAAAUCUAUGGACUGAAUGCAAUGUA